UGGGAUGCAACAAGAUGGCGGCCCUGUGGCAGAGAAUGAUGAUCUGAGGAAGUACUAUGUUAUAGGCAGCAACAGGGCCCAGACGAAAUAAGGAAUAUAUGUUGCUGCGAACUAUUGCUUGUCAGAUCGGGAGACAGUGCAAAUUUAAGUUCACGUUGAUAACAGAUGCAGUAUUCCGUUUCUUCUGAGUCACAAUGGAUAAAAUAUUGGAAGGAUUGGUGACCUCUUCCCAUCCACUAAAUUUGAAAAAAGUAAUUGUUAAGAAAGUUGUGGAGUCUGCAGAAAAUUCUGUCAAUGAAGAGCAAUGCAAGGCUAUGUUCAGCCUCACAACUCGCUUAGUUUUAGAAGGUGAAGACCACUUUCAGAAGCAAGUUGGCCACCAGGUUCUGGAAGCAUAUGCAAGAUAUCACCGUUCUGAAUUUGAGAACUUUUUCAACAGAAACUUUGUCUUAAGUCUCUUGCAAGAAGGCUACAGUUCUUUAGACAGGAAGGACAUAGCCAUCAUUGACUAUAUCCACAAUGGACUCAAGCUGAUCAUGAGUUGCCCUUCUGUUCUGGAAAUCUUUACUGUUCUGCAAGUUGAAGUAUUAAGAAUAGUCUGUGAAAGACCUGAGCCUUUAUUGUGCUCUAGGUUAAGCGAGUUACUUACUGAUUUUGUACAAUGUAUUCCCAAGGGUAAAAUGUCUGUAGCAUUUUGUCAGCAACUUGUAAGAACCAUAGGGCAUUUCCAUUGUAUUUCUACACUGGAGAAAGAGCUACGUGAAUAUGUUUCUCAAGUUACCAAAGUUAGUAGCUUGCUACAAAAUAUUUGGAAAGCAGAACCAUGUACUUUGCUUCCAUCACUGCAAGAAGUGUUUGCAAUUAUAUCUUCCACCGAUUCUUCAUUUGAACCAUCUGUUGCUUUGGCAAGCCUUGUACAGCACAUUCCCUUGCAGAUGAUCACUGUUCUUAUCAGGAGCUUAACUACUGAUCCCAAUGUUAAAGAUGCAAGUAUGACCCAAGCACUCUGCAGAAUGAUUGACUGGCUGUCUUGGCCCCUAGCUCAGCAUGUAGAGACAUGGGUGAUUGCUCUGUUAAAGGGACUGGCUGCAGUUCAAAAAUUUACAAUCCUCAUUGAUGUCACUUUGCUCAAAAUCGAACUGGUAUUUAAUAGGCUCUGGUUUCCUCUAGUGAGGCCUGGUGCUUUUGCUGUACUUUCCCAUAUGUUGCUUAGUUUUCAGCAUUCGCCAGAAGCUUUCCAUAUGAUUGUUCCUCAUGUUGUCAAUUUGGUCCAGUCUUUUAAAAGUGAUGGUCUUCCAACUAGUACAACAUUUCUAGUACAGUUUACAGAACUGAUGCACUGUAUGAUCUAUCAUUACUCUGGAUUUCCAGAUCUCUAUGAACCUAUCUUAGAAGUUCUUAAGGAUCUGCCCAAACCCUCUGAAGAAAAAAUCAAACUUAUAUUAAAUCAAAGUGCCUGGACCUCGCAAUCCAAUGUAUUGGCAUCUUGUUUGCCUAGGCUGUCCGGAAAAUCUGAAACUGGAAAAACUGGGCUGAUUAACUUAGGCAACACCUGUUACAUGAACAGUGUUUUACAAGCACUUUUUAUGGCUACAGAUUUUAGGAGGCAAGUAUUGUCGUUGAAUUUAAAUGGUUGCAACUCCUUGAUGAAAAAAUUGCAGCAUCUUUUUGCCUUUUUGGCUCACACCCAGUGUAGAAAAGAACAGUCUGGUUAUGAAAAGUGUAUUGAUCAAUUAUAUCACAACGCUAGGGUGGCUUUAGCAGCAACUUCCAGAAGAAGCAACAAUUUAGAGACGGCACACGGAUACCUGUAUCAGGGAUAA